GUUCCUCAGUCAAAAGGAAACUAAGCAACUGAACCGUCAGCUGUUCGGCCUGAGAUCAAGUGAAGGUCAUAAUUUAGAUCUAGUUCCAAAAUUCACAAGAGUUGAAAAACUGUGGAAUUGUAGGUAGAUAUCGUUUGUAUGAUUUUAGAACAAAAAGGCAAGAAUAUUGAAAAUGAAAAAAAUUAACAGAGAAAAUUCGAAUGAUUCACGAAAAUCAGAAUCUCAUGUAGAUGUGGUAACAUAUGACUAUAUAUCAUUCAUAUUGACAUGAUCUCACCAGUUUUUUCAUAAUAUGAAUAUUGGUAUUUUGAGAUUUUUAUUUUCUUCUCUCAAAAUAGCUAGAUUUGGUACUGUAUUUCAAAUACAAAUAGCUUGAUAAAGCUCUAAAAUUUAAAUACUGAGAUUGUUCUGAACCUGUUGAUCAGAUUGUACAGUCAAACUUCGUUAUCUCAAACUCAAUAUGAUUGAGAAUAAACUUUGAGAUUCUAAGGAUUUGAGAUAUCGAGGGUAAAAUACUGAAAGAAUAUAAGUGGUUAGGACUUCAGAAUCACUUUACAUAUCCGUGUAUUCAAGAUAUUGGUGUUUGUGAUACCAAAGUUCAACUGUAAUAUGUUUUACGGCGUGACCGUAUUUGAGGACGAAGCAAACAAAUUUUGGCAUUGGUAUCUAUAUCCAAAACAGAACAAAAACAACCCGAAGUUAGCACGAGGACGGAGCUGUAUCAAAACAUCCUAAUUUUGGAUAUUUGAUCCGCCUAUAUAUUGAACGCGGGAAUUAUAACGCAAUCGAUGUAAACAGUACAUUGUGACGUCAUAUUCAGCGUCGUUAUUUAGCAAAUUUACAAACAUAGCGUUUGAACCACAACAACAAAUAUGGUGUUAAUGGUGGAGUGAUUAUAUAUGAUUAAGAAAUUAAGAUUUACAUGCUUUUACGAAUUUUAUGUAACAUCUCAGAACGACGUGAACUAGGAUAGAUGAGAUUCAAAAUGGAGAAAUACAUGUCCACGCGAUAGUAUUUGAAUCGACGCCAUUAGUACCAAAAGUUUCAAGUUCCAUAGGAAGGACCCAAUUUUCCAAAAUGACCAUUUUACAAACUAUGGCAACAUAUGCCACCUUGUGGACUAUAUCCGAUUCAGUGGAACAGAAGUUCAUCAGUAAGAAGGAGCAGAUGGAUUACCAAAAGUCUGUACGAAUGGUAGCUGUUGGAACCUUUGUGGUGGCACCCCUUGUAUUUACCUGGAUGUUUCUAGCAGAACGAAUAUUUCCUGGACGAGCAUUCAAAACUGUGGCAAAAAAGAUGAUUACAGAUCAAGUCGUGUUUGCUCCAAUUGCCAUAUCUUCAUUUUAUUUCUCAACUUGUAUGCUUGAGAGAAAAUCCUUUCAAGAAUUUCGAGAAGAAUGGCUCAAGAAAUUCCCAAUCACUUACAAGACUGGUGUCAUGUUCUGGCCGUUUGUACAGGGUGCGAACUUCUCCCUCGUCCCGUACAAACACAGACCCAAGGUGAUUGGAUGUGCUUCAUUCCUGUGGUCCAUGUUUCUCUGCUACGAAAAAGAACCUUCGAAGGUAGAAGAAAUGAAAGAGGAAAGUUGACGACCUCGGCAGCUAGAAUUUUGGAUCAAGAAUUUUAAAUGAUUUAUCAAUAGCAUAUAUCCAUAAAAAUUUUAUUGUGAUUCUGUGAUAGAUCCCCCCCCCCCCCCCCAAUCUAUGCUCUUUUAUAAAUCUUGUACUGACAUCAAUUUUAGACAUUUAUAAGUAUCAUACAAAUUUUAAAAUUUGUACAUUGUACUUUCCUUAAAUUAAUUUAUAGAAAAUUUUAACUCUGUUAAUUAAUGUGUACUUGUAUACAUGUUCACAUUCUCUUCCAAUUUCAUUUUCAGGUGUCAGAUAUACAUAUUUGUGUUACAUUAGUACUGUAUUCAUAUACUUACAGUAUCCCAGGUUAAUUUUGUUGUUUUCUGUUAAAAGUUACCAGAUGUACAUUAUAUGUUCUAUUAAUUAUUUAUUAGAUCUUCCUUGUGAUGAAUUUUAUCUGUGUAGCAAGUUAUUAUGUUGUAUAGAACUUUGUUAUUGUCAUUAUGAAGGCUGAUUUUAUAUUCCUUGAGUUUUUAUCUGUUUACUUUUAUUUUCCUCUAGGUUUACAGAACAUGAGGUUGUAAAUGAUCGAGAUGGUUGUCAUUUUUUAAUCACCAAAACUUAAUUGUCUUAGGGAGAAAUAACACACUAUAGAAAACUUUUACUGAUGGAAAUUGGAGAAUAUGUACAUGUAUAAUGAUAUUUCAUUUUUAAUUUUUUUUUAAAACUUACAUUAAUUUAAUAAUUGAAAUGUACAAUUGGACAUAUAAGUGGAAAAUCACAUGGGGAAAAAAUUAAGAUCCCUUCAAAAGUCAAACACAUGAUCUACAGAUUGGCCGCCUCAUGCAGUAACCUGCUGAACUAAACGACUAGGCAAGAAGAUUAAAAAGGACAAAGAAUAUAUUUACUCAAUCAAAUAUUUAUAUUCCCAUUUGUAUUUCGACUUGGAAGUGAGCUUUUAUGACAUUGUGUUAUUCCCCUUAAAGACUAAAUACUUUCAAUGUCAUAUACAGUCACGCCUCGUUACAAUGUCAUAAACAGUCAAGCCUUGUUAAUCCCUGGCAAAUUUUGUUCAAUGAAGCAUCUGUUUAACUGAAUCAUGUCUGUGAGGGUCUUCCCAGAAAUCUGAGACUUUUCCAUCUAUUAUAUAAACACUGAUGAUUGAUAUUUGAAUGAAUGUAUAUUACAUCAUAUGCGAGUAUCUGAUGAAAAUAGCAGUAUUACACAACAUAAAUAUUUUACAGGGGUAAAAGUGAAAACAUGGUGUAUGUUGAAGUGGGAAAUAAAAAGUGUUUGAUUGGUGCGAGUCUGAAAAUAUGCCGAAAUCCAUUCUAUUACGGUGAAUUUACAGCUAUCAAAAAUGGUGGCAUAAAAUUUGUAGACAGGGUUUCAAAAUGAUUUCCUAAUGAUAUGGAUAUUGUGAAUGAUUUACAGUAAAUGUAGGCAUACUAUGUUAAAUAUAACAAAUCAGAGAUCCAAUCAAAAUGUAAUAUCGGCAUAAGUGGUGCAAUCUUGGGAUUUGACAUUUUUUAAGCAGUAUUAAAUACAUGUAUACUUCAACACCCCAGGGAGUGAUUUCUGAAAUGAAUUUGUUUAUCACCUAUAAAAAUACAGAAUGUCUACUGAUCUUUGAUCUUCUGGGACAACUCUCAUGUUAGAUAAAUAGUAGAACAUAACAUGCUAAAAAUAGAAUUUGAGGUAAUUAAAUAAGGUUCCACUGUGUUAUAUUACUGGCUGAUGGAGAUGCAAUAUUUUAUGUGUUGACUACCCCUGCAUUCACACGCACCCAUUUAUAUGUACAAAUAUUUUGAAUUUUACACAUACAUGUUUUUAUAUGCAAAAAAAUUUCAUUGUGUUCAAAUGGAAUUUUUGUGAUGGGAACUCUUACACCAGCAAACUCUGUAAAUCAGUAUUAGUUAUCUAUUUUUAUUUUAAUCCAAGAAUUGUGUGCCAUAUCAAUGGAAAUAAGGAAAAAUUUGGGCAUUUCUGGUUUACACAUGCAGUUGUCAAAGAGCAUAUCAAAUUAAUGUGUUGCAAAUCUUUGAAUGUGUCCGUUAUCAUCUAGAUCAUACCACUUCAGAAUUGUUCUCACACAUCACUUCAGAAUUGUUCUCACACAUCACUUCAGAAUUGUUCUCACACAUCACUUCAGAAUUGUUCUCACACAUCACUUAGAUAAAACUAUUUUUAUUAUUUACUACUCAGGGUAUGUAUAAAGUGUGAUUCAGAAAUCUUUUACAAAAAUCAAAGUACUACAGGUUUUCUUCAUGUAAUGAUGUUUAUGUGUUUUAUUAGGUCACCCAAGUCUUUCGGUGACUUAUUGUUAUCCAUGCCCAUCUGUCUAUGUACAUCAUUAACAAUCAUUCCAUACUUUUUCUCAGAAACUUCUCAACCAUUCGUCAUCAGAAUUGGUGUGUGGCAUCUUUAGGAGUAGGAGAAUUUUUGUGGUAGUCACUGCCAAUCAGGGCUUUAUAGGGGUUGGACCAAACUUUUUAUAAAAAAAGAAAGAAUCUUUUUCUUUACUCCUUAGAUUGUGGGAGGUAAACUGAGAGCAUUGUAGUUGUGAGUAAUGAUUCAUAGCCCAGUAAAUGCAUCAUUGCUUUAAAAAUCUUCAGGAACGGAACAGGAAUUUUGGCUUCAGGUUGGGGCUGAAUUAAUCAUAUUUAGGUGAAAAUGCAUUAGAUAUUGAACAUUCUUCUCUACUCCGAAACUGGAAGACAAACUUGGUGUAUAUAGCUUAUAGAUUAUGCAAAGAUCUCUACCAAAGUCCUGAAAUUUAAGGUACAGGGAUUCAAACUGAUGAGUUAGACUGCGUCAAUCAGUCAGUGAAAAAUGCAUUUCAUUUACAUGUAUAAAAAAAUCUUCUCUACCCCUAAAUAUCUAGGAAACAAACUCGAUUCACAACUAUACUGAGCAUGGAGGCCUUAAUUAGCAAACUCGUGAAUUUCUUUGCCCCAUGCAGGGUCAAGAGUUCAGGCCCCUGUGAGGAGAGUGAAAUUCAUAAAACCAAUUUAAAAUUCCUUUUAACUUUUAAAACUAUAGCAUCUACUUUUGUAAACCAAGCUAGUACUAAGUGCACACCAGUUGUAAUGAGUAUGGAGGUCUGUACCAAAAUUUGAAACUUAUAUUUAUAUUAUAUAUUGUUUCUGAAGUGUUUACCAACAAUUAAAUAGUAUAUAUUA